UGUGUGCGUGUGUGUGUGUGCGUUUGUUUGAUUUGCCUCGUCGUCUUGCCUGGCUUGUGGUGUGUUGAGUGCGGCUAUGUUGCCUAUCGUCGUCGUCGUCGUUCUUCUACUGACUACCGACUUGUGACUGCCGCUGUGGUGUGCGCGCCUUGUAUUCCGUUUGGUGUUGUGUGCUACACAACCGUGGUGGUAUUUCGAGUGCGCGCGUGUGUUUGUGUGUUCGCCAGUGUCGAUUGUGUGGUGUGUGCCUUCAGAGUUUCUUUGCCUUCUGCUUGCUCUCUGUACCUUCGUUUGACGAUGCAUGACGUUAGUUCACUUCGAUAGCUCCACGAGUUUACACGUGAAUAUUUUAAAGUCUCCGCAUAAAUAAGAAAUAAGAAAAAUUCAUUCAAUUCAUUGCCACAUGCACACACAUACACUCACUCACAAACAAACACAUGCUUGGAAAUAAUAAAAUAGAAAAUUUGAUUUGAAUUCGGCAUUGAGAUCAACAAGAAUUUUUGGAGAACAUAGAAAAAAAGCGAGAAAUUAGAAAAAAAAACACCAAAACAAUUUCCGAAAAAAUCGGUGAAUCUGAAAGAGUUUGAAAGAAAUCACGGCGCGUGAACGCGAGUGCGGAAUAACACACGAGACCAAGAAACCCAAAAAAUAAACCCCAUUGCAAAAAAGUGUUCCAAACAAUCACAAAAAGUGCUAAUGAAAAUCUCAGCAACUUAAAGAAGAAGAAGAAGAAGAGAGCCAUAAAAGUUUUAAAAAAUGCAAAAAAAUUCCUCUUAGAAAAAAUUGCAAAAAUUAAUUAUUCUGAAAUCUCAGACAAUUUUUGAAAUAUACCCCAAAGUUAAAAAGCUUCUGCUCAAAUUCUACGCAAACAUUUUUAAGCUUUUUCCAAAAGCCUCAAAAAUAAAAAAAAAAAAAAUUCAGACAGCCGUCGGUGUUUUGAUUUAGGCGCUCCAUCACAGCCUCGCCCACAACUUGUUGCUUGUUUUUUCACACAGCCAAGAUUUUUGAAAAAGCCGCGGCUCUGGCUUUGCCGCUUUCACCGCCCCACACACCAUUUACUGGCCGAGAAUUUUCUUUUGAUUCCGUUACCACGCAAGACUUCAAGACGGUUGCCUCACGGUUUGAGUGGAAUGAGCAUAGGGACCCUGGUCUUUCUUUUGACAGAUCGGUUUUCAAAGUCGUUAAACUGAGCCCCAACUUGGAGCCCUACCCCGCCAGCGUGGAGGGCCUGAACAGCCCUAGAGCGGUGGGGAUGGCCGCCACCUCGUACAUGACGCCCUCCUCCGGGGAUCUGGAUAUGGCCUUGGGUGGUGGCUAUCACACCUCUUCGCCGCGUUCGGCCGCCGAUGCCGGUGAAAUGAAGUACAUGCAGCACCAUCAUCAUCACCACAGUGCUGCGGCGGCAGCGGCGGCCCAUCAUCAGUUGCCCUCAUCGCCCAGUCCCAGCACCAUAGGUGCCGGAGGUCCCGGUGGGGCAGGGGGACCCGGUGUAUCCUCCGGCAGUCUGAGUUCGGUGACACCCACAGGAGGCCUGAGUUCGAAUCCCUGGACCGCUUUACAUCCCUCAGAUCCCUGGGCCUUGCAGUCGCAUCACUCACAUCACCAUCCCGCCGAUGUCAAACAGGAAAUGUCCCAUUUGUCGCAGCAACAUCGCGUCCAACAGGGCAUGGCCUCACCGCAUGCCUGGCAUGCGCCCGUACAUGCUGCCGCUCACUAUGCCCCCACGGGAGGCUCGCCACUACAAUAUCACCAUGCCAUGAACGGUAUGCUGCAUCCUGCCCAUCCGCAUCACCAGGGAGUUGCUCCCUUACAUCAUGCCUUAAGGGGAGAGUCUCCCUCGCUGCCCAUACACCCCCACCACAUGCAUGGCGAUCGCGAUGUCAGUGGCGGCGAAGAAGAUACGCCCACCUCAGACGAUCUGGAGGCAUUCGCCAAACAAUUCAAACAGCGUCGCAUUAAAUUGGGUUUCACCCAGGCCGAUGUGGGCCUGGCCCUGGGCACCCUCUAUGGCAAUGUCUUCUCGCAGACCACCAUAUGCCGUUUCGAGGCUUUACAGCUGAGCUUUAAGAACAUGUGCAAACUGAAACCCUUGCUACAGAAAUGGUUGGAAGAGGCCGAUUCGACCACCGGCUCACCGACCAGCAUUGACAAAAUCGCCGCGCAGGGCCGCAAGCGAAAGAAGCGCACCAGCAUUGAGGUCAGUGUGAAGGGAGCCCUCGAACAACAUUUCCACAAACAGCCAAAGCCCUCCGCUCAGGAAAUCACAGCGCUAGCCGACAGUCUACAGCUCGAAAAGGAGGUGGUGCGGGUGUGGUUCUGCAAUCGGCGGCAAAAGGAGAAGCGUAUGACACCGCCCAACACCAUGGGUGGCGACAUGAUGGAUGGCAUGCCACCGGGGCACAUGCAUGGCCAUGGAGGCUAUCAUCCGCAUCACGAUAUGCACGGCAGCCCGAUGGGCACCCACAGUCACAGCCAUAGUCCGCCCAUGUUGAGUCCACAGAACAUGCAGACACCGACGGGCCAUCAGCUUGCGGCUCACUAG